AUGAACGAAGCUAUUGCUCAAGAUCCUUACAAUUUAGAUCUAUUAAAAUUUAAAGUGAAGUUAUUAGUCUUAAUGAAUAAUAUUGAAGAGGCAAUGAUUAAUAUUUAAGAAGUAACAAAAUUAGAUCCAGAAUUUUCAACUUCAAAAAUUGAUAAUUUGUUUAUUUAGAAUUUAGAAGAUUAGAAAUAAUUAUAAGAACUAUAUUCAAUCUAAGUUUAUGGUUAUGAAGUAUAUCUUCUGAAGGCUUUUGUUUUACAUGGCUUGCAAAAAUAUGAUGAAGUUAUUGAAUGCUUUAAUGAAGCUAUAGCGAAAUUUCCAAAUCAUAGAGAAAUCUAUCUUGAAAAAGGUAAAUUGUACUUAAUUUCAAUAGCAACUUAUCUAAGUUAAUUAUUUAAGUUUGAUCAGUCAAAUUAAUGUUAUGAUCAAGUAAUUGAUAAUUUUCCUGCUGAUUCUCAUAUAUAUUUAAAGAAGGGCUAAAACUUAAUUUCACAACAUAAAUAUUAGCCGGCUUUGGUACUCUAUGAUGAAGCAAUUGGAAAAUUAGAUAAUAAUUUAGAUUUAUUAAUUGCUAAAGCUCAGCUGUUAGGAAAAUUGCAUAUGUAUGUUACAGCUAUGAAGUGUUUUGAAUAAGCAAUUAAAUAGUUUCCUUGCAAAUUUGAAUCCUACUAUCAUCAAGGCGACUUUUUAAUUAAAUGGAAUAAGUAUUCUGAGGCAAUAGAAUCUUACUCAAAAGCUAUUCUAUAUUCUCCCAAUAAUCAUGAGAUUUACAAUAAAAUCAUUACUACUCUAAUUUAAAUAAAAAGAAAAACAGAAGCUUUUAAAUUAUUCAAAGAGGCAUCCCUAAAGUUUCCUUAUGAAUUCAAUAUACAAAUAAGUCUAUUAAAACAACUAACCUCUUCAGUUAAUAUGUUCGAAGCCAUAGAACAGGAGAAUCUUAUUUUAAGACUUGAUGCUAAUAAUCACUUACCCAACUUAGCAAAAGGCAUUCUCCUAGAUUUUUGGGCUCUUGGAGAUUAAGCGAUUGAGCAAGUGGGUAGAGCUAUUGUUUAAAACCCUUACUUUACUUAUUCGUACAUCCAAAGGAGUAACAAAUUCAACAUUUUAGGUCAUUUGAUAAUUUAGUAGAAUGAUAUCGAUUAAAAUAUAGAAUAUUUAGAUUAAGCUCUAUUGAUUGAUCCUUAUAACUCUGAAAUCUAUAUUAGAAAAGCUGAUACUUUAUUAGAAGCAUCCAGAUACACUGAGGCAUUAGAUUGCUUAGAGAUAGCUCUAUAGAGAGCAAAAUAUGAUGAAAACAUUGUUAAACGGUAAGUUGAAACAAUAAGAGAUUCUGAAAUUGAUAUUAAUUUAGUUGAUUGUUAUGAGAGAGUGUUGAAAAUGAAUCCAUACCAAAUAGAGUUCUAUUUUGGUAAAGGAAAGGUUUUGUUCAGAUAACUGGAUUAUGAGAAAGCAUUAAGUUGUUAUGAUUAAGUUAUAAAAAUAAAUCCAUUUUAAAUUGAUGCAUUUUUACCAAAAGCUUUACAAUUACAUUAUUUAAAUUAUUACGAUAAAGAGAUCUCUCAAUAUGAGAUAGCAAUAUCGAUAGACCCUACAAAUUGUGAUGUUUUUGAAAAGAAGGCGUUUACCUUAGCUAAUUUAAAUCGAUUAGAAGAAGGAAUUUAAUGUUUCAAUGAGGGAAUUAAAUUAAAUCCACACAAUAAAGAAAUUUAUCUUUAAAAAGCUGAAUUUUUAAAUAUCUAUGAUAGAAGAUAAGAAGCUAUCCAAUGUUAUGAUGAUGCAAUUUUGGCAUCAAUAAACGAUCCUUAGAUCUACUAAAAAAAAGGUGCAUUGUUACUCAAAGAAGAGAGAGCGUAUGAAGCUAUGCUAUGUUACAAUACAGUUUUAGCAGCAUUUCCUCAGAUGACCAAAAGUUAUAGAUAUAAAGGAAUUUGUUUAUUUUUGUAGCAAGAUUUGAGAAAAGUCAUUUAAUAUAUAAGAUUAUUUUCAAUAUUUGACAAUUAAUAAAACUAUUCAGUUGAAGAGAUUAAAGAAAAGUUUUGA